AUGGUGGAACAAGCUGUGGCUCGAGAACAUAUCAAAGCGAGAGUCAUGUCACUGGUGAGGUCGGUAGAGCCAUAUAGGAACCCAAAGCUUUACUCUUUGAACGAGAAUGGUACCAACAACAACAAUGGUGGCGCCAAUUCUGCUCUAACUUUUGAUCCAGAGAGGUCCAAGAACACUUGUCUUACUGAUGAUUCCUAUCCAGUCCAAAGCUAUGAGAAGUACUUCAUCGAUUCACCAACUGACGAGUUUGGACAACAACAACAGCAUCCUGUUGGCUCCGGUGGUGCCUCGGUUAGCUCAUUUGGCUCUUUGGACUCAUUCCCUUACCAGCCAAGACCUGUUCUUGGAUGCUCCAUGGAGUUUCAGCUGCCGUUUGACUCAACCUCUACUUCAUCAACGAGGCUGUUUGGAGCUCAAAGUCCGAGCAUGGAUGUCGUGUUGGAGGAGUUUGAUGAUGACCAAAUGAGAUCAAAGAUUCAAGAGCUUGAAAGAGCGCUGCUUCUUGACGAUGAAGAUGAUAAAAUGAUUGGCAUAGAUCAGCUGAUGGAGAUCGACAACAACAACAACAACAACAACGAAUGGUCUCAUCAUCAAGACUCUCCCAAAGAGUCCUCAUCUGCAGACUCCAACUCUCAUGUAAGCAGCAAAGAAGUGGUGUCACAAGCUUCCACUCCGAAGCAAAUCUUGAUAUCUUGCGCUCGUGCGCUGUCCGAAGGCAAAUCAGAGGAAGCUCUGUCAAUGGUGAACGAGCUGAGGCAGGUAGUUUCGAUCCAAGGAGAUCCUUCUCAGAGAAUCGCAGCUUACAUGGUUGAAGGCUUAGCUGCAAGAAUGGCUGCUUCAGGGAAGUUUCUCUACAGAGCAUUGAAAUGCAAAGAGCCUCCUUCUGAUGAGAGGCUCGCUGCAAUGCAAGUCCUCUUUGAAGUCUGCCCUUGUUUCAAGUUCGGUUUCCUAGCAGCUAACGGAGCCAUCAUCGAAGCCAUCAGAGGCGAAGAAGAAGUUCACAUAAUCGACUUCGAUAUCAACCAAGGGAACCAAUACAUGACACUGAUACAAACCGUUGCUGAGAUAUCCGGUAAACGUCCUCGCCUGAGGCUAACCGGAAUAGACGACCCUGAAUCAGUCCAACGAUCAAUCGGAGGGUUGAGAAUCAUCGGUUUAAGACUCGAACAGUACGCGCAAGAUCAUGGAGUGUCCUUCAAGUUCAAAGCCGUGCCUUCCAAGACAUCGAUUGUCUCUCCAUCGACGCUAGGUUGCAAACAAGGAGAGACCUUGAUCGUGAACUUUGCGUUCCAGCUUCACCACAUGCCUGACGAGAGCGUGACGACGGUGAACCAGCGAGACGAGCUGCUCCACAUGGUGAAAAGCCUAAACCCUAAGCUCGUGACGGUGGUCGAGCAAGACGUGAACACAAACACUUCGCCGUUCUUGCCGAGAUUCGUGGAGGCUUACGAGUACUACUCCGCGGUGUUCGAGUCGCUGGACAUGACGCUUCCGAGGGAAAGCCAAGAGAGGAUGAACGUGGAGAGACAGUGUCUUGCUAGAGACAUUGUCAACAUCGUCGCUUGCGAAGGAGAAGAACGGAUUGAGAGGUACGAGGUUGCCGGAAAAUGGAGAGCGAGGAUGAUGAUGGCUGGUUUCAGUCCAAGACCGAUGAGCUCUAGAGUGACGAUCAUGUUGCAGAAUCUCAUAAAGCAGCAGUAUUGCAGUAAGUACAAGGUUGAAGAGGAAAUGGGUGAGCUCCAUUUUGGCUGGGAGGAGAAAAGCUUGAUUGUUGCAUCAGCUUGGAGGUAA